AUGCCAAGAAGACAGACACAUCAAACUGAGCCACAUGGAAUUGUUGAACAAGAAAUAGAAGAUGAAGAGGCGGAAACACAAGCUGUAAUCCAAACUCCUGAACACGAUCACUUUCAAGACAAAGAUUUUUUUUACGAAUAUUUACUCGAACGUUAUGAUGGAUUUGAAAGUCUUUUUGAGUUUUUGAAACUUAAGCCACUUGUUUUCCUUGCAUUACAACCAAUUGUUGGAGAUAUAUAUCUAGAUAAAAGAGGACGCAAAUCAUUUUUCAACAACCCCAACGACAGACUUCUUUUGUUAUACUUAUUUUGUCGAUAUAACAAUUUGAAAAUGAUAAGAGAUAUGUGUAUCCCAUAUAUCAGAACUAACGAACAAAUAAGCAGAGAAAUCGAUUUAAGUGCUUCUUUAUUUAGAGUACCACUUCAAAAUGCAUGUAUAGCAUUCAGAAACGAAAAUUUGUUAAAUACUGGUGUAAGUUCAAUUGUUGAUUGUACAGUGACACCAACAAGACGUCCAAAUGGCGAUUUUGCUUCAGCUAUGGGGUUUUAUAGUGGAAAAUACAAAAUGUAUUGUGUUAAAGUCGAAGUGAUUGUGAAUGCAGAAAGUGGCACUGCAAGUUUUGUUUCAAAAGCAGUUCAGGGUGCAGAUCAUGAUAUGACUAUUUUAAAAAACACAUCUGAAACAAUCAAUAAUAUGUUGGGAACAACAAAAAUAAUAGGUGAUAAGGGAUAUAAAGGAUUUGAUUUAUACAUACCAACUGGUUCAGUUUCAAAAGAAAGUCCUUUAAAAGAGAAAGGGUGUUUGAUUGAAAGAUAUUUUGGUCGAAUUAAAAUGGUGUUUAAAUUUACAAGAGAAAAAUAUUUAAAAGACUUUGUUUCUUUUGACAACCUCUUUGUUAUAAGUUGUUGCUUUUGCAAUGAAGACAUUGAAAUUAAUCCCCUUGAAAAUCAAGAUGCAACAAACUAUAUGAAUAUAAUGACCAAUUAUUUAAAUAAAAUUGAAAAAAGAAGAGAAGCACAUAAGAAAAGUAGUUUAAUAUACAGAAGACGACAAAGGGAACAAUUUGAUGUUUUAGAAAACGAACUUAGAUUAAUACAAGAAGAAGAAAGUCAAAAUUCAGACGAAACAGAAAUUGAACACUUUGAUUAG